AUGACGACGGAAGAAGUAGACGUAGACGAUGUUGCUUCUGGUCUCUCAGAGACGGUCUAUUGCCAAGAGGAAUCACAAGAGGAAGUGCCUGCUUGUGCUAGCAUCCGCAAUGGAUCUUGUGCCGAUAUCGCCGAGGAAGGCAAUGCAAAAGACGAUCAGAAGGCUAAUGCUUGUAUCACCUCUCCUGAUCAGAAGGAGUUUCCUGACGCAGCCAGCGCCUCUCCUGACCAUCAAGCCAAUGGUGGUCCAAGCUACCCCCAAAAGACGACGGCCCCCGCCGCGCUGGACCAUGCCGGCACUGACGACGAGAAGGCUUCUUUCAAGGCAAUGCAGCACGAACACGAGCUCCAAGAUACCCUCCAGAAGAACCAGAAGCGGGGCAAAGAGCAGAGCCCUGUCGUCACCAGAGUGAACCAAGAUGGUGACAACGCACUCACGGACUUGUUUGUCAGCGAAGUUCAACCUUUGCCCACAACGUCCGCUGCCUCUCGUCCCAGAGGCCCGGGGGCCCACGCUAUGCCGGGCAGUUCGUCUCCUCCUCCCAUGCUCUUGUUGAGAGCUCAAGAAUCGCUGCAGUCGCAAAGGACACAAGUGACUGUGGCGGAGGAGCAAGAGAGUGUCAUUCAUGAUGUACAAGUCGUAGAUGCCGUGCAGGAUUCGGCACACUUUUCCGUUCAUGCUUCGGGGAUGUUUGGCUGCGGCGACCCCAGUAGUACCCACUUUACAGAUCUCGAGAACGGAGGAAUGGGACCCUUUGCGGAAGAAGAAGUGAUUGACGCCAAGAUCCUCCAUGGGAAACACGACGAAGAAGAACCCCAAGGAUCCUGGAAGGCGUGGUUAUGGAUGUUCGCCGCCUUUUUGCUGCUGCUGAUUGUGCUCAUUGUGACGCUGGUGGUGGUGGUCCCCAGGUGCACGCACAGCGGCAACACCAGUCCUGAAGCCUCGCCUUGGAGCCAAGGUCCUGGCGCUCCUCCUCAAGACUGUCCUGUCAAACCACCCUUUCAAGAAGGCAUUCCCCUUGCUACUGUCCGGUUCCUUUCCGAUCCCAAGCAUCCCCAUUGUUUUGCCAACAACUGG